GCCCAACUCUUCCUCCGUCUAUCAGGAAAUGGUGAAAGUGUUGGUGACGGGAGCGACCGGCUACCUCGGCGGCCGCCUCUGCCACCGGCUCCUGGAGGAGGGCCACGUCGUACGGGCCUUCGUGCGGCGGAGCGGCGACCUCAGCUCCCUCCCUUCCUCCCACCCCACUCUCGAGCUUGCCUAUGGCGACGUCACCGACCUCCCCUCCCUUAUCGACGCCCUCCACGGCUGCGACGUCCUCUUCCACACCGCCGCCCUCGUUGAACCCUGGAUUCUCGAUCCUUCCAGAUUCUUUGCUGUGAAUGUAGGAGGCUUGAGGAAUGUGUUGCAAGCUUUCCAAGCAAUGAAAACGCUGCGGAAGAUAAUUUAUACGUCAUCAUUUUUUGCUCUUGGACCAACAGAUGGCUAUGUGACAGACGAGAAACAGAUGCAUCAGGGAAAGAUGUUUUGCACGGAGUAUGAAAAAUCCAAGGCUGUUGCUGAUGGAAUUGCAUUGCAAGCUGCAGCUGAUGGGACACCAAUUGUUCUUCUCUAUCCAGGAGUCAUCUAUGGUUCAGGGAAACUGACAUCUGGAAAUUUUAUUGCAAAAAUACUGAUCGAACGAUUCAAUUGGAGAUUACCUGGUUAUAUAGGAGACGGGAAUGAUAGGCUGCCAUUUUGUCACGUUGAAGAUGUGGUAAGUGGCCAUAUUGCAGCUAUGCACAAGGGCCAACCGGGUGAACGGUACUUGCUAACUGGAGAUAACGCUUCACUCGUUCAAGUUUUAGACAUUGUCGCGGCCAUCACCAAAACAAGGAGACCAUUGUUACAUAUCCCUCUGGGAAUAAUAGAAAUCUAUGGCUGGAUAUCGGUUUUCUUUUCUCACAUCACAGGAAAGCUUCCACUUAUCAGCUACCCGGCUGUGAGGGUGUUGAGACAUCAAUGGGCAUACUCCUGUGAUAAGGCCAAAGCAGAACUGGGUUAUAACCCUAGAAGCUUGCACGAAGGCCUUUCUGAGAUCCUUCUUUGGCUCAAGGAAUUGGGGAUGAUUCGGUACUAAAUUCGGUAAUUCCAAUAAAAAUAAUUGUGGUAAUUACUAUCGUUAUGCUUGUAUGUUGGCAAUAUCUCUUUUUGUGAUUGAAACAAAACGCAUAAAAGCCGCAUCAUAAGUAGCCCAUCGUUUUG